AGGCAUUACUGUAUUUAGGCCCUGAUUUAUGAAUUAAACAGACUGUUGAAAUUGGAGCCUUGGAGGGCAGGAUUUUGAACUAAUUACUUCAAUUUUUUUUGUGGGCGUAGACAUAUAGCCAUAUAGGGUAGUAUAAAUUAAUGGGGCUGAGCAAUUUUUUGUGCAGGAGUUGUAUAAAAAGUUGUGCUUCAAACAUAUACUACUUGUAUGCAUCUCCAAGAUGUUAUUUCAAAGCUGUUUCGAUCCCCUUGACCUACUUGAGAUGGACUCACUUUUAUUUGCAAGCAUCCCCGUGUUCCUCUGUCCCAGAAAAACCUCAAGGUAAGUACCCUGGAGCGGGGGAGAAAACAAAAAGAUAUAUUGAUUUAUUGUCCAAUAAGGGGUAUGAGCACCUGUGGGAAGAGCUUGAACCUGUAAGAAAGGGAGACAUGAUUAAUUUACAUGACCUUCUUUUCACCAAAAACAGAGAUUACCUCGUCAAAUAUAAUGACGAUCAACAGGUGAAGGCUGCACAGUUGGCAGGCAAGGUUAUAAUUUUGUAUUUUGUACGAUUAAACAGUGAUCCUUUGGAAUCAGUGUACAUAUUAUCCUUGGUAGAAACAUACACUUAUCUGCUGCCUGAUCACUGUCUUGAGGUUGUCUUGGUUGCUUAUGGGAGUGAGGAAGAUAUAUUUUCAAUUUCGUGUGAUUCUCAUACAAGCUCUGCAGAAAAGUUCGAAGCUGUGUUCUCUCUCAUGCCAUGGACUGCAAUACCAUUUUCGGAUAUUGCAUCCAGAGUACGUCUGUCAGGUAGAUUUGGUUUCGACAUACUGAGGAAGCCUAGCACCUCGUUUGUCAUUGAUUCAAGUGGAAUAGUUCUGCAAAGUGAUAGUUGUGAUUUAUUUGAUAAGUAUGGAGGUUUGGGUUAUCCUUUCACUGAUGAAAGGAUAAAAUUUCUAAAAGCUCAAGUUGCUGCAACUGUUCAGCAGCCCUCUAUAAAGUCACUCUUGGCUUCUCCAAAACGUGAUUAUGUCAUCUCAAACACAAGAGAUAAGGUACCUGUUGAUACUCUUGAAGAAAAGGUGGUGGCACUGUAUUUUUUUGAAGAGGGUAUUACUGAUAAUUGGCAUACAGAAAGUAUUAAGAUGGCGUACGAAGAAUUCAGACAAAAUAAAUCUUCUUUUGAGGUUGUGCUCAUUUAUCUUUAUGAUACAAUAAGUACUUAUGAUUGUACAAGUGAAGAGUCUUUUUGGAAUACAUUUAAGACUAUGCCUUGGUUGGCCCUUCCAUUCAAAGAUUUAAAAUGUAGGGAAUUGGAGCGCUAUCUUGGUUAUCCUUUUAAUCCGCUUGAUGCCAAAUCUCCUACACUUGUAAUCGUUGGGCCUCGUGGGAGAUACAUUGAACCUUGGGGUGCUCUCAUUAUUGAUCAAUUUAAGCUUUCAGUGUACCCGUUUACUCGUGAGCAAGCUGCUAAGUUAGACACUGAAAAGGUAAGGGAACUAAAGCUGGAGAUGCUCUGGGAUCAGAACACUAUAUUUAGGGGAAAAGAUGGUAGAAAGGUUCGCUUUUCUGAACUUGUUGGAAAGAAAAUAAUACUCUUUUUUGAGGGUGAUUAUUUUUUGCAAGUGGAACUUGAGUUCCUAAUCAUGUUGGAAGAGAGGUAUUUAGAUUGUAAGGAUACUAGGGAUGAGUUUGAAGUAAUAUAUAUCACCAAUAGCAAAAAGAACUCCCCCUACAGUGAGCAGAUCGCAUGUAUGACAUGGUUUGUAUCAAUGACAUCCGAGCUGUUACCCACUGAUCUUAGUUUGUAUCGUUGUUAUUGUCACUUGAAGUCGGGACGUACUUGUUCGCAUAGUCAAGAAUCUUCAAUUCUCGCCUUUGACGGAGAUGGAAGAGUUGUGAGGAAAUCAAUAGAGCUUUCUUUCGACCACAUUGAUUUCCCCUUCUAUGCUGGGAAUAUGCAAGAGGAGGCUUUUCAUGGAAUGAAUCGUCUUUACGGCUGGCGGCAACUGGAUCACUUUUACUGGGGGCUGCUGAUCAAUCCAUACCACAAAAAUACAUACUUACCCUGUAUAUAGGCUUGCUUGACCAGCUCUUUCUAAUUUCACAACACCACAACAAAGUUUGGCUUCAUUUAUAUACACUCCUGCACCUAUUUAUCACUUGAAGCUUACAUAUUUAUAGUCACAAUUAUAUUGAUGCCACA